AAAACUAAAGAAUCUUUACAAACACGUCUCACUUUCUCUCCAAUGGUGGAAACAACAACAUCGAAGAAACCAAUCCAAUUGGGUAACAAAGAAGAUCAAAACCCUAGAAAAUUCUACUCUCGAUUCCUCUUCAAAGCACUAAUCAUCGCCUUGUUAUGCUCCCUCGUACCUGUCUUCCUUUCUCAGACACCGGAGCUCGCUAACCAAACCAGACUCCUCGAGCUUCUCCACCUAAUCCUGGUCGGCAUCGCCUUCUCCUACGGCCUCUUCAGCCGCCGGAACUACGACGGAGGAGGAGGAGGAUUAAAUCAUAACGAUCACAAACCUGAUCAUAAUAACGCCUAUGUAGCUAAGAUUCUUGAAGUAUCCUCUGUUUUUAACGUGGAACACGAGAGUGGUUCCGAUGAUUCCUCCGGCUACCACCACCGUAAGUUUCAGACAUGGAGGAACAAGCACCACAUGAAAGGUCCCGAGACUGUUCUUUCUAAAGAUCAGGACGAGAGUCGUUUCGUCAGAGAAAAGCCUCUGCUUUUGCCUGUUCGAAGCUUGAACUACUCUCGUGUUUCUGAUUCCGGCAGAUGGGAGAGAGUGAGAUCAAAGAGACAGCUUUUAAAGAGUCUCGUUGAUGGUAACAGUGAUGCGCUUCCUUCUCCGAUUCCAUGGAGGUCAAGAUCAUCAAAGGAGAUUGAAUCUCAGUCGUUGAUCAAGACUCCGGCGAAUCUGACGUCAUCAUUGACGCCUUUACCUAAGCUCAAAUCUGAGUCUGGAGCGAAGGAGUAUCACUUCCACGCAUCACCCUCACCUCCUCCUCCUCCGCCACCGCCGCCGUUGCCGGCGUUUUAUAACUCGGCGCCGAGAAAGGAUUAUCCUCCCCGAAGUUACAGAGAAUCAGUUCAGAAGAAGAAACUCACAGGAGGUGAGUUUCAUCAUCCUCCGCCUCCGCCACCACCACCUCCGAUGGAUUAUUAUAAGUCCCCUCCGACCAAACUCAGAGUAAGAUCGGAGCAAAAGAUGAAACUCGAUAUAAGAAGCUCUCCAACAAAAGUCUGGUGGUCUGAUCCAAUCGCGGAAACGAAAGAAGAUAUCAGAGAAGACAUGAACAAGAAUGAUGGAAGAGGUUUCUUGGGGAGCAAGGCAACUGAAGAGCCCGAGGAUAAAGAAUAUAUGAUCAAAGGAAAUGAAAUCCACGAAGAGGGUGAACAUAGUGAGAUCGAGGAGAAGAAGAUAGAAGAAGAAGGAAGUUGUGGGAACAUCAGUGACGUGGACAAGAAGGCUGAUGAGUUCAUUGCAAAGUUCAGAGAACAGAUUAGGUUACAAAGAAUCGAAUCCAUCAAGCGAUCUGCUUACAAGAUCUCUCCUAAUUCAUCGAGGUAG